AUGACUUUAUGGGACCAGAGAGGAGCUUAUGAAGUGGCCAGAGCCUCCCUUCUGAGCAAGGACCUUGGGAUCCCAGGAGGACAGAGCUACCAGGCAAAGGAUCAUCCAGAUGUGCUGACUGUGCAACUGCAGCUAGAGAACCAAGAACUGAUCCUCAGCCUGGAAAGGAAUGAGGGACUCAUUGCCAAAGGCUUCACAGAGACCCAUUAUCUGCAAGAUGGUACUGAUGUCUCCUUCACUCGAAACUACACGGAUCAUUGCUACUACCAUGGACAUGUGCAAGGAGAUGCUGCAUCCGUGGUCAGCCUCAGCACUUGCUCUGGUCUCAGGGGACUUAUUGUGUUUGAAAAUAAAACCUACAUCUUGGAACCGAUGGGAAACACCACGGACAGAUACAAGCUCGUUCCAGCUGAGAACAUGAAGAACAUCCAAGGGCUGUGCGGGUCGCAUCACAACAAGUCCAGCCACACCGCGGAAGAUGUCUCCCCUAGGCCCUCUCAAAUGCGGACAAGAAGGCAUAAAAGAGAGACCCUCAAGAUGACCAAGUAUGUAGAGCUGGUUAUUGUGGCAGACAACCGAGAGUUUCAGAGGCAAGGAAAAGAUCUGGAGAAAGUUAAGCACCGGUUAAUAGAGAUCGCUAAUCACGUUGACAAGUUUUACAGACCGCUAAACAUCCGGAUCGUGCUGGUAGGGGUGGAAGUGUGGAAUGACAUCGACAAAUGCUCUAUAAGCCAGGAUCCGUUCACCAGCCUUCAUGAGUUUCUAGACUGGAGAAAGAUUAAGCUUCUACCUCGCAAAUCCCAUGACAAUGCUCAGCUUAUCAGUGGGGUUUAUUUCCAAGGCACCACCAUUGGCAUGGCACCCAUAAUGAGCAUGUGCACCGCAGAGCAGUCUGGAGGAGUUGUCAUGGACCAUUCAGACAGCCCCCUUGGUGCUGCCGUGACCUUGGCGCAUGAGCUGGGCCACAACUUUGGAAUGAACCAUGACACACUGGAGAGGGGCUGCAGCUGCAGAAUGGCUGCAGAGAAAGGAGGCUGCAUCAUGAACCCUUCCACCGGGUUCCCAUUCCCCAUGGUGUUCAGCAGCUGUAGCAGGAAGGACCUGGAGGCUAGCCUGGAGAAGGGAAUGGGGAUGUGCCUCUUCAACCUACCGGAGGUCAAGCAGGCCUUUGGGGGCCGGAAGUGUGGAAAUGGCUAUGUGGAAGAGGGAGAAGAGUGUGACUGCGGGGAACCAGAGGAAUGUACCAAUCGCUGCUGUAAUGCCACCACCUGCACUCUGAAGCCAGACGCUGUGUGCGCGCACGGGCAGUGCUGUGAAGACUGCCAGCUAAAGCCUCCAGGAACCGCAUGCAGGGACUCCAGCAACUCCUGUGACCUCCCAGAAUUCUGCACGGGGACUGCCCCUCACUGCCCGGCCAAUGUGUACCUACAUGAUGGGCACCCGUGUCAGGGAGUGGACGGUUACUGCUACAACGGCAUCUGCCAGACCCACGAGCAGCAGUGUGUCACUCUCUGGGGACCAGGUGCUAAACCAGCUCCUGGCAUCUGCUUUGAGAGAGUCAACUCUGCAGGAGAUCCUUAUGGCAACUGUGGCAAAGACUCCAAGAGCGCCUUCGUCAAAUGUGAGAUGAGAGAUGCCAAGUGUGGAAAAAUCCAGUGUCAAGGUGGUGCCAGCCGACCAGUCAUUGGUACCAAUGCCGUUUCCAUAGAAACAAAUAUCCCACAGCAGGAAGGAGGUCGGAUUCUGUGCCGGGGGACCCAUGUGUACUUGGGUGAUGACAUGCCAGACCCAGGGCUUGUGCUUGCAGGAACGAAGUGUGCCGAAGGAAAAAUCUGCCUCAAUCGUCGAUGUCAGAAUAUCAGCAUCUUCGGAGUUCACAAGUGUGCAAACCAGUGCCACGGCCGAGGGGUAUGUAACAACAGGAAGAACUGCCACUGUGAGGCCCACUGGGCCCCUCCUUUCUGUGACAAGUUCGGCUUUGGAGGAAGCAUAGACAGUGGUCCCAUCCGGCAAGCAGAUAACCAGGGCUUGACUGUAGGAAUCCUGGUGAGUGUCCUGUGUCUGCUCAUGGCUGGAUUUGUGGUAUACUUCAAAAGGAAGACGUUAAUGCGGUUACUGUUCACACAUAAAAAAACCACCAUCGAAAAACUAAGGUGUGUGCGCCCUUCCCAGACAUCCAGCGGCUCUCACCUUGGCCAGGCUCACCCCACCCUCAGAAAAGGCCUGCUGACAAGCCAGCCACCACAUUCCAUUACCCCCAAGGACAGGCGCUCUCUGCAAUGCCAGAACAUCAACAUCAGCAGGCCUCUCAACACUCAGCCCCAGGCAGCUCAGCGAGUGCUCCUGCCCCUCCACCAGGCCCCACGUGCACCCUGCGGUCCUGCCAGGCCCCUGCCAGCCAAUCCUGCUCUCAGGAAGGCCCAGGGCACCCGCAAGCCCAGCCCUCCUCAGAAGCCUCUGCCUGCUGAUCCAUUGAGCAGGACUUCUCGCCUCACUGGUGCCUUGGUGAGGACCCCAGGGCAACAGGAGCCUGGGCACCGCCCAGCCCCCAUCAGACCUGCCUCUAAGCAUCAAGUACCCAGACCCUCCCACAAUGCCUACGUCAAGUGA